AUGCUGAAAAAAAGUUGCAUGCUCUUGGCACUGUGUUCCCCCCCCUCACCCUCUUCCCCUCCCCAUUUUCCAAACCAAAAAAAUGCUUCAUCAUCUCCCCCCUUCCUCCCACCCACUCUGUCCAAGCCAAAACAAGCUGCUCCCUCCCUCUCCCACCACCCUCUGUGUCAUACACAAAAUAAAACUACCAUGGCAAGGACAAAGCAAACUUCCAAGAGGAAUGUUGGUGACAAGCCUGGCAGAGUCUCUCUGGUCAAUUUACAAGCCAAGGAGCAACAAGCUGCCCAGGCUGCCAAUGCCAAUGCCAUCAGGGCUGCACUUCAAGUCAAGAAGAGGAGGAUAAGGAAUUCUUUCUGUCUCAUGUGUAGGGAUGGGGGCACUUUAUGGGAGUGUGAUGUCAUGGGCUGCUGGAGGGUGGUCUGCAACAAGUGUCUGGUGGUUCCAGAGGAUUCCCUUCAACAGAUCACCCAGCCUGGUGUCUCCUUUAGGUGUGUCAGUUGUCAUUGGAAGAGGACCAGACAUGGAACUCCUCAGCCCUACUAUGGCUUCUAUCUGGGUGAUGAGCAUGUCCUCAGCAAGCCCCCUGCUAUCAUGGGCACAUUCCAGCAUGCCACCACCUCUGAAGUGGCUACCCUUUCCACAGCCAUCAUCCACCUUCACCUGGAUGGCUUGACCCUGGACCCUGACCCAGUCCAUAUCAUCCAAUCCAUGAUACAAGGGUAUUUCAAACAAGAGGGCACUUACAAUUUUGCACAGUUGCCUUAUGACUUGGGAACUCAGGAGUCUAGGGCUGCCUAUGAAACUGCAGCUGAAGUGCUCUCUUCCUUCCUGGCCCCUUAUGGAAGGGUGGUUCUCUUCUUCACUACCCACAGUGAAGAACAAAGUGGGGAUCUCUUUGCUGGAAGUAGGGAUGGGCAGGUAUUUGUCUCAAGGGUCUUUGAGGUUUUAGAGGCUCUCCUCACACCCCUCUCCAAGGUUGUUGAGGGAGGUAACCUCAUCUUCCUGGUGUGUGGAUAUCUGGUCAAGCAUGAGGAGAGUUUCCAAGACCUCAAGUCAGCCAUGAACCACUUCAAGCCAAGGUCAAUGCUCCUCUUUGAUGCAGACAGGUUACUCCCUGUCAACACCAUUCCUUUCCUCAUGAGUGUUUUGGACAUUACCAUCCUCCAAGGCUUUCAACAGAUGGAUAAGACAGUCAAGGCUGCCCUCAAGGACUGUGGGGUGCUGGGUAGACACUCAAACAUCACCCUCAUGUUUUGGGGGUCUCAAGGAGGGAGGGUAUUGGUGGAAAGGUACAUUUGGACUGACAAGUUCAUCAAACCUUGGGGUCAGAACUUGCCUGCUCAAUGCCAUCAGUGUGGGAGCAUACAAGAAUGGCUGGCUGCUAGUGCUGAUUCAACUUAUUCCUAUCAGUGCCAGUAUCCUGAUUGUGGGAAGGACUUGGAGGGGACUGCAUUGCCACCCAAAACUUAUACCAUUUCUAUGCCUCAAGGAGCCAAAAAAUUACUAGAUGGAAAAAAGUCAUCUGCAUGGUUGGUAGAAAUUUUGUAA